CAGUGAGAGACUCUUCAUGGACAUGGCAGACCGGUUGGCGGAGGAUGGCUGGCGGGAGCUGGGCUACGUCUACGUCAACAUCGACGACUGCUGGGCCUCCAAGCAGCGCGACGCCCAGGGGCGCCUGCAGCCCGACCCCAAGCGCUUCCCCGGGGGCAUCGCCAAGCUCGCCCGCUACAUGCACGACCGCGGCCUGCGUCUCGGCAUCUACGGCGACCUGGGCACCUACACCUGCGGCGGCUACCCUGGCACCACGCUGGACAAGAUCGAGCUGGACGCCCAGACCUUCGCCGAGUGGGGGGUGGACAUGCUGAAGCUGGACGGCUGCUACUCCAACGCCUCUGUGCAGGAGCUGGGCUACCCACUGAUGUCUAAGGCUCUCCUUGCCACCGGCCGCCCCAUUGGCUAUUCCUGCAGUUGGCCCGCCUACCAGGGCGGGCUUCCUCCCAAGGUUAAUUACACGCUGCUGGGAGAGAUCUGUAACCUGUGGAGGAACUACGGUGAUAUCCAGGACUCCUGGGCCAGCGUGCUGAGCAUCGUCGACUGGUUCUUCAACAAUCAGGACGUCCUGCAGCCUGCGGCCGGCCCGGGACGCUGGAACGACCCGGACAUGGUCAGUCUGCGCGCCGGCGGCGCCCGGGGGCGGGGGCAACGGGCCCCUCUGUCCCUCUGUCGAGCCGGCCCUCACGGCCCCUCUGUCCCUGUGUCCCUCUCCCAGGUGUAUGACUUGUUCUCCGGAGCCGCGGUCAGGCAGCUCUCCGACUCCCAGGUCUUCACCGUGUCCAUCAACCCCACGGGCGUGGUCAUGUGGUACGUCUACCCCAUGCAGCGCGGGGGCCGGGCGGCGCAGGAGGGCGUGGGGGCAGGGCUCGGCCCCGGUUUCCACCCAGGAUACAGCGGGGGUGCCAGGCGCCCCCGUCCCCCCAGUCUGCUGUAAAGGCCGGGCCCCGUCUGUCCGCGGCUCCUGGGGUCCAGAGCCCCGCUCCCCCAGACGGGACGGGACCUGUGGCUCUGUGUGCUGCUCUGCUGUUCCCCACAGACUCAGCCAGGGCUCCUGAUACACCCCCGAAUUACUGACGCAGCGCCAUCGUCCCCCCGAAUUACUGAUGCCAACCCCCGAAUUACUGACGCAGCGCCAGUGUCCCCCCCGAAUUACUGACGCAGCGCCAUCGUCCCCCCGAAUUGCUGACGUACUGAAUGUGCCCCCCCACAUUUGGACAGUGCCCCCCAGCCCCGGACAGACGCUGGACCGUCAGGAAGGCUCGUUUACAAUCGGUACUACUGCUGGCAAGAAGCGUGAUGGUGAUCUCGCCGUCUUUCCCCAAUCAGCAGGAGGGGGGAGGUGUGCGCGCGCGGGGCAGCGGGCAGGGGGCGUGUCCCAGUGAGCCGCCACGCCCCCUCCCCGCCCACCCCGGCAGAGCCACACCCUUCCUGCUCCUGAUCUCUGUGAAAAACUGGCAAUGGUGAUUUUCUUUUCUAAAUCUAUUAAAAGAUUUUUCACUCAUGGGC